CACACACACACACACUUACACGCACACCCACUCCCUCCUCCAGCCCCACCGCCCCCGCCAUGGCCGCGUCCACCCUGUCCGUCUGCUCCAGCGACCUGAGCUAUGACAGCCGCGUCUGCCUGCCCGGAUCCUCGGACUCCUGCCCCGACCCCUCCUGGGAGGUGGACGACUGCCCAGAGUGCUGCUGCGAGCCCCCGUGCUGCGCCCCGGCCCCCUGCCUGACACUCCUGUGCAGCCCCUGCCAGUCGGCCCUCACCGGCUCCUGCUGCUGGCCGGCCUGUGGCCCCUCCUCCCCCUGCCAGGGACACUGCUGCACCCCUGUGUGCUGCAAGCCUGUCUGCUGCACCCCUGUGUGCUGUGAGGACUCCUCCUGCACAACCUCUUCAUGCUGCCGGCCCAGCCCCUGCUGCAGACCCUCCUCCUGCAUGUCCCUGCUCUGCCGCCCCGUGUGCAGGCCCGCCUGCUGCACCCCUGUGUGCUGUAAGCCCGUCUGCUGCACCCCUGUCUGCUGCAAGCCCGUCUGCUGCACCCCUGUCUGCUGCAAGCCUGUCUGCUGCACCCCUGUGUGCUGUGAGGACUCCCUCUGCACAACCUCUUCAUGCUGCCAGCCGUCCUGUGGCCCCUCCUCCCCCUGCCAGGGAGACUGCUGUACCCCUGCGUGCUGCAAGCCCUGCUGCACCCCUGUCUGCUGCGAGGACUCCCUGUGCUCAGCCCCCUCCUGCUGCCAGUCCAGCCCCUGCUGCAGACCCUCCUCCUGCGUGUCCCUGCUCUGCCGCCCCGUGUGCAGGCCCGCCUGCUGUGCCCCUGCCUCCUCCUGCUGCCGCCCGGCCUCCUGCGUGUCCCUGCUCUGCCGCCCCGUGUGCCCCCGCCCCGCCUGCUGCGCCCCUGCCUCCUCCUGCUGCCGCCCGGCCUCCUGCGUGUCCCUGCUCUGCCGCCCCGUGUGCCCCCGCCCUGCCUGCUGCGGCCCUGUCUCGGGCCAGCCCUGCUGCUGACCGGCUCCAGCUUCUGCCUCUAGAACUGCCAUCUUUGCUCCAGAGCACAGACGUCCUCUCUCAGGAGCCCCGGAACCCCUCUGGGGGCGCCAGGACGCCCCUGCCCCUCGGUGGAUGCACAGCUGCUGCCUCCCGGGGAUCCGGACAUGCCCGGCUUCCCUUUCUGCAAAGACAGGUCCCUCAACGGGGUGGGGGGGUGCGGGGGCUGCUGCCCCCUGGAGCCCUCCCCUGCAGGGCUGGUUGCUCUCAUUCCGGGUGACAAAGGCCACUGCUAUCAUCAAUAAAAUGUCUGGAUCAUGAAA